AUGAAAGUUAAGGAGGAGGAAAGCUUGAAAGUAUUAGUGCAAGUAUCGAUGGUUCACUUUGGACACUUCAAUAAAGUGAAUCCGAUGAUCACUAGCUAAUAAAGUGGUUAAAAAUCUCUUAAAAAUGGUACAAGAUUGAUGGAGCUGAAGGAACUCUCUGCUUAUGAUUAAAUAUCAGUCGCUGUUGUUAUCUCAAGAGCACUCCUUUGUCUUUCAUUACAGGUCAGCUAGCAAAGGGAGGCAAAAUAUGCUUAAGGGUUAGGUACCAAAGUAUACCUGUUACUGAGACUUAUCCUAUAUCUAAUAUACUGA